GUGGCUGCUGACGAAUCUCCGGGCGGGGGAAGGCGUGGCGCUCCGGAUCUCCGCCCACAACGAGCGUGGGACGAGCCGAGCCUUACUGAUGGACGUGCUUACAACCAGCGCCCAGCACCAUGCAUCCCCGGAUAGCGGAGGGACAGGAGGAGGACUCCCGUCGCUUGGGAUGGCUGCAUGCGGCGCGGGGGCGGUGCUGACCUGUCUGCUGGUCAGCGUGGUUGUUGCAAGGAGGCUACGUCCCCGGCUGCAGAAAACAGCGGUCGAAGUGACGCUAACGCCCACCGCCAGCGACGGCUACGACCCUGAUGUAGUCCAGUCCAUUCAGUGCCGCCCACACAGUCUCGACGUCCUCCCACAUAUGCCCGCGCAGGACGCCCACGAACAGGAUGGACGCAAGAUACCUUCCCAUGAAAGCCAUAAAGCCAAUAAAGGCUUCGUUGCUGGAGACCACCUGUGCACACCCGGUGAUCCAAGGAAGCAUUCCUGUAAUCGCGGGCACGCUCAGGUGCUGGACACUUGUAUCAGACGUCACAGUGAGGAGAAGCAGGACCUCCGUUCCACUGAAUCGCACAGCGAGGACUCGGGCCUGUCUGAGACCGAGUCGGAACCAGAGCUACAGGAGCUGAUGCCGUCAGGCCGCAACGUCGCCUCAAACAUCCAGUCUCUCCGGCAAAUCCGGCUUCCCUCGAUCGGCGAAUCCUGUACAGAGGGAGAGCCAGCCGCGCACACUGCCGAAGCCCAGGCGACGAUCCUCAUCCUCGCAAGGAAAUCGUCCAUCGCCGACGGCGCGGAGAGCUGUUGGUCGCUCGCCCCGGGACAUUCCGGUGAAAAACUCCCCAAUUCCCUUCAGAGACUACAAAUGGCCUCCGUUCCUAGGCAAUUGGCGUCCGAAAAUAGGAGUGAACAGCCUGGCGCGCUAAGAUACAGCUCCCCGUCUGUGAUUCUUUGUCACCCUAACGAGUCCCGUAUUUAUCGGAGCCUUGGCGGGGGCGGCGCGAAGGUCAGCCGGGGUCUGGGUGGGAUGGAGAGCUCUGUGUGAAACCUCGUUACACUAUGGCCCCUUACGGUAAAGACUUUUUAUGCUCCGGUAUUAUUAUCCUCUCCCUCUCUACGCCUAUCUUCUCUCCCACCAUCUCAUUAUAUCCUCUGUCCAUUUUUCGCUUGCCUCAUACCUUUAAUACUUUGUUCUUCCUCUAUCCUCCAUCCUUUCCUCACCAGACAUCCCUUCCGAGCCCUCCCUCGCCUACC